CAUCCUGUAGGACCUUGUCUGUCAUGUCCUUCAUUUGGGCGUCUAGUGGCCCCCGGUCGCAGCAAUACUCCUUGUACAUACUUCCUGGUGUUGCUAGCCCUCGACCUCAUCUCCUGCCUCGACCGACUACAUCAACUCUUCAACCUUCUUUGCGCAAUUCGUAUGUACGGCGUCUCGGGGGUCUAUAUGGCGUCUCCUCUUCCUCGCGGGCCCGACAGCGUUUAGUAGAACUACUCGUGCUGGCGUCAGGGGUCUCUUGUAUAGUAGCCACUUUGAGGUGCCUGUUAUGGACUGGGUCGUCUCGGUAGACGUAGGGCCUUUCUAUCAUGUAGCACGGUAUUUUUGAUGGUAAGACCGUGACGAUAAGAUCGAAAGAUUGAGGCUUGGUGAACUGUUGUAAGACUGCGACGACCUCGAUGAUCCAAGCACUGUUUCCAGAAGUAACUCCAGUUUUUUGUGUCCUAAGGUCACUCGAUUAUCAAGCAUGCCAUGGUAGUUAUCUAGCCAUUCGUUGUUGAUUUUGGCCUCCUG